GUAGUCUCCGUCGGGGUGAUGGUGAUAGUAUGCGCGUCGCUGUCGAUUCUAUGUGUCGCAGUAUGGUUGGUCCGAUGCAGACGAGACCAAGGACGAAGUAAAGAAGAACGAGAUCGACAAAGAGAUGUUGACAACUACAAUGAUAAACAAACCAACAAGACGUUCUCAAAGAGAGCUGUUGCUGAUAAGGUGAAAGAGCCGAAAAGGGCAGAAAGUGUGACAAGCAGCACGAAAUCAUUAAGCAAUAAAUCAAAAGAAAGUGUGAAGGCACCCAUCUCAUUGUACUCUACGACAAAGACGGAUGAGACUGCAGGACAGUCUGAGUCUCGAGUGACCGGAGCGUACGUAUCAAAACCACUUGAACGAAUAAAAGAGGAGUUAACACCGAGAAAUGUAUGUUUGCUGAAGCUAAAUCAAUAA